UUUUAUUAACUUUUCGGUCUUGGACUAAUUUUUACUGAUUUCUAAAAAAAUGGGAGUCAAAAUUGUGUCUUUUCAGUUGUGAGUGCGAGGUAUGAUAAAAGAAGAACUGGUAAAAGAGGCACGACUGUCAUAACAGUUAUGCUCUGUACAUGCAGAAAUCAUGAUUUCUUGGACAAAGGCAUGUCCAUUAUUCGUUCAACGAGAAACCAUAAAUACCUGUUUCGCGCAGCUCAGGUAGGCCCUCUAGUCCUUGUAGUCCCUUGUAGUCCUAUACACGGUGGAUGAGAAUUUAUACACAAACAAAGCAAGUGACACCUUCAACGUCGAAGAAGAUACUGAAUAUAAAACCACCAGAUACGCAGGUAAGUGCCACACUGCGCAUGCGCAGAGAAAUUAUGGUUGAGCCAAUCAAAAUUAACAUGCGCAGCAUGAACAAAAACACGUUGUGUGACAGGUAUGGUCUCUCGUUGAACGAAUAACAGAAUACAUUUAAAAUUAUCUAUAACUUAUUAUUAAAAAUUAAGCAACAAGAAAUGGAUGAUUAUACAGUACCAUUAGAUGCUGAAACCGAAAUGUUUUGUACAUUGUAUUUGUUUAAAAAUGUGCAAAAUUCUAAUGAAAUAUGUAAAAAGGUUAUGAGUGGUGAACUUCCUUGUUGCAUUAUAAAAGCAUCGCUCAUAGCAGAUCCAUUUCAAUUAAUAAUAAGUUCAAACAAAGCUGCAAUUAAUGCAAAGAUGAAUCAACUUACUACGAAGAAUGUAUAUAAUGAAAUUUUGUUCAAUUUAUCGAUGUCGAAAAACAUAUCACGUGCCCUGACCGAAUUCGGCAUUAGCGAUAGUGAUAAAAACAUAUUAAUAGCAAUAAUACACAAAGCGGAUGAAAAAACAACAUUAAAUACAGUUAUGAAUACUAUAAAAGGAGAAAAAAUACCAGUGUCAAAAUUACCUGAAUAUACAGAUCUUGAAUUAAUAAAACAGACAUACAAAAUUGAUAAAGAUGAACUGAAGGUUUCUAGUUUAAUUAAUUCAAUUGUAUCUAGAAUUAGUGGUAUUUAGUUCAUAGUGUUCUUAAUAUCAAUGUUAUCAUUUAUGAGAACACAAUAAUUUACAAAGAACGCAAAAAGGAUUUGAUGAAAAGGAAAAUUAGAAUAGUUCAAUCAAAAAUACUUUUUUCUCUUUUAUUCACUCAUAAAUAAGGCCAAAGAUGUGUAGAAAACAAUUGUUAUAUCCGCAAGGACACAGUAUGCGUCAAAUCCUGCGGAAGCAAAGUAGCAAUUUAAGGAUAAUACCCUUAAAUGCAUACAAAAGCAAUAUAAUAUUGACAGUUUGUUAUGUAUACCUUGGCAAACCACAUAUUUCGCACAUUGCAAAAUCUGCUGCAUUGAGAAAAGUGCAAUGAGAACAUGUCCAGAGUGUUUGAUCGGGAGGUGGAUUUGCCAUUGGUUCUGUACCAACUCCUAUUCCACUUCCCCCUACCAGUACAGGAGAUGACAUUCUUGAAUUGCUAUCAAUGGAUGACUGUGACGAAUGCAAUGUAGACGCUGUAGUUGCAGAGAUAAGUUGUUCAACUGUUGCCCAAUGUUCAGAUCUUGCCCAUUCUAUUGCUUUUUCUUUAUCUUUAUUACGAACUGCUUCUAAUAACGGUGUCAUAUGGUCCUACAGGAAAGCAAACAUAUUGUAUCUGCUAUAAAAAUACACAUUUUUGCAACAUAAAAAUUUAACAUUGAAGAUACCUUCAUUGGUAACAUAUCCAUUGUUGCGAUAAACAGUAACAAAUGGAAGUCUGAAGCUGCUUCUAGAAAUUCAUCUUGAUUAAAUUGUUGCAUGUAAGAACAAAGUGAACUAAAUUCCUGAACUUGUCCAUCGACGAGCCUAAGAUCAAAAUGGAACUUAUCAUAAUCUGUUAUAAUACGCUACACCGUUACAUCCAAAAUACGUACCUAUUUUCAAUUGGAAAUGGAGUAAUAUUAUCGCUAACAUAAAAGGUAAAUUGUGGAGUAAGUGGAGUAGAUGCAGGUACGUCUACCAAUAAAUAUUCUACUGGCAAAGGUCUUGCUAGCCUUGACACUUCAUUUCCAUACGAGUCUUUUUCCUAUUAGCAACAAAACCAAGUAAUUUUUUAGCCCUUCAAUAUAUUUCUAUUACGUUUAGUAAAAAAUUUAGUAAAUUUCAUUCGAAAAUAUUUUAAAAAACCCGCUUCAACGUUGUGCAUUAGGCCGGCCCUGACGAGUACAUAAGUGGGAGGACUGGCUGGACCGUUUCAUUGGUCGGUUCAAGCAGGUAUAACGAGGCUCACAAGGAAGGAUUAUGAAGGCAAGUCCAUAAUGCUCGAGCUCGUAGCCAUUCGAGAAAUGCGCGCGCAAAGGUAGAAGCCGCAGACGACACCGGCACCGUUUGCCACGAGUCGGACUGAAAGUGCAUAAGAAAAAGGAAGGAGACGAAACAGGAACACGGGAUAGAGGGGGAAGGAAGAGGAGAGAGACAGGAGGAUUCGAACAUCCAAGUGGGAGAAAGAUACGGGACGAGGAGAGGAGAGCAACAGCGUAAAGCGAGCAGCGCGCGCUGUGGUGUGUGUCGGUCGGUCGGUCGGUCGUCGCCGCCAUGCUAGUGGUUAGUUUAGUGAACCAAACAUCAUGAUGUGGCAAAACGUUCGCACGAGCUAAGACUGAAGUAACGCCGCGUUACCGGCGCGCCGUCGUUAUGUUAUCCAUAAUAACUCACAACGUUCGAUAAGCGUAAACACGUAACGUGAAUACAGUACAAAGAAAAAAAAGAAAAAAAAAAAAAAA